UAUUUUAAAACUAUUAAAAUUUGUUAAACAAUCAUGCCAACAAUCAUAGCUUUAGAUACAUCUUUAUCUAUGCAACGUACCAUACCCGGUCGCAGUGAAGAGAAUGCCUUAACCUACCAUCAAUUGGCUAUAAAAGGCAUCUCACAACUGUUGGAGCAUUUGUCAGCCACUUCCAAAUUGGAAUUUGCUGCACUGCUGACGUUCAGCAGUACUUGCGAACUAAAAGUUGAUUUUACCCGUGAUUAUGAUCAAAUUAAACAGACGGUGAAAAAAGUCGAGUCCGGCGAUAAACUGUGUCUGAUGUCGUUGAUGAAAAGUGUUGCUACAAUAUUUACCACCAAUUGGGGUACACAAUCCCAGUGUCAAGUGGUGGUGUUCACCGAUUGUGGUUUAGGCUUUGGAUCAACAUCAUUGAUGUCGUUUCUACAGAAAUAUGUGGGCAAAGAGCAUGACCCGGAAUAUUCGUGGGUAAAAGUAUUGAAGCCGGUCAAGUGGAAUUUUAUUUGCUUGGGUGUACAUGGAGAUGCAUAUUUUACAAGGGCGGUCACUGUAUAUCAGCAAUUGUUGGAUUUUACUGGUAUAAAAGGCCAACUUUAUAUGACCAAAGCUCCUAAGGAUAAUGAUAAUGAAUCUAUACUCAAUGAACAACAAAAAACUUCUAUGCCGGGUCAUAAAAGUGAAUUAGGUCGUACGGCCAUGUUUGAAAUGAUUGAAAAAUUAUGUGAUGCCAAUUUUAAACCCUAUGAAGUAAUACUAAAAUGUGGUGGCUACUUUCGUUUGGAAUGUCCCGUUUUACUAUGGCCUCCGCCACAGCCUUAUCAAUUACCAGUCAGUGAAAGCGAAAAAACAUCAGCUACAAGCCCUUUAACUUUAGCUAGUAAACUGGAAAUUUGUGGUUAUUUAGCCUUGACGGACAUUGGAUCACCCUCUUCUCUAAGUCGUCAUCUUAUUAUACCCAAAGUGGAAAGAGAGAAGCCAAGUCGUCGUUCUUCGGACAAAUCGGGUGCCGCUACGAAAUUGUCAUCAGAAAAAUCUACAAAACUAGAUGUUAAUAAUGUUAAUUAUGAAUUUGAGAAAUUAGAACAAGAUAUCCGUGACUUCUAUACCAAAGAUGUGAAAGAUGUUGAGGGCGAAGUAACAAACGAAGAAAAUGAUAAGACACCUUCAGUGGCACCGACAGUUUUAAAUGAAAUGCAAAAGGAAUCCAUGUGUGUGCUACUACAUGGAGCUUUGAAAGUGGAAAACUUGGCUGCUUUAGUUUUGCUUAAUGAUAAUUGGUACGGAUUCAUUUAUUCGUAUGCCGAUACCAAAAAGAAAUCAAAUUUAAUGUUAAAUAUCUUACCACCCGGCAAUAAUGUCAUUCCUUGGUUGGGUGAUUUACAAAUGUUGGCCUUCGCUGAGGAUCUACAGCCCGGCGAGACUGCCGCCUUUCCUGUCAAGGCCGAUAAACGUUCAUAUUCGCAAAGUUGUGUGGUUUGGAUAAACCGCAUUAGUUUACAAUCGGACAUACAAAAAGUUCUAAGGCAUGCCAAGAAAAUGCCCGAAAAGACCCAACAUUUCUAUAAGGAAUUAAAUCGUAUACGUAGAGCAGCCUUAUCUAUAGGUUUUAUAGAACUUUUAGAAGCUAUGGCAACAUUGUUCGACAAAGAGGCCAUCAAUUUGGCUUCGGUAAAUGCUAAUCCAGAAUGUACCAUACAAUUAAAGCAUGCAUCCUUGGAGUUGAGAAAACCUUCCAACAGGGAUUUGAAAAUAUCUAUAGUUCCUGUUUCAGUGCAGACGGUAAAUCCCGUAAUACCUUCUUUGGCGCCUACAAUUUAUCUAUAGUAUUAAGUUUUAAGACAUUUUGCACGAAGUUCUUAUCUGAGUUGAACGUCUGCGGCUUGUGCAGGUAGUGUAUGCCAGCGGUUUUACAACAGCUUCUUAGAUGUUGACUCAAACGAAUCAGAUAAAAUAUGCUAUCCGCAUACUCAUAUCACUUUAAAUGAAAUUUUUAAACAUUCAACUCAGAUCAGAAUUCAGAUAGUAUAAACAUAGCUUUAGAUCCAUUAUAUGAGGAAAUUUAAGUAUAUCCGAUUAAAGAAAAUUCCCUUGUAUGCAAGCAUAUUUAUUAAGAAUAAAUUAACCUAUUUAGGCUUGUCAUCAA